AUGACCUCCGAACCCCCCGCGAAGAAGAAGUGCCUGGGCGCAGACUGCGAUAACGACGCUGGAGCUCUGCAGUGCCCGACAUGCUUGAAGCUAGGCAUCAAGGACAGCUUCUUCUGCGCCCAGGAUUGCUUUAAGAGAAACUGGAGCAACCACAAGAGCAUGCACAAGACGCAAAAUCCAGUCACCGGCUACUACAAUCCCUUCCCGAGCUUCCCCUUCGCCGGCCCGCUGCGUCCCGUCUAUCCUCUGUCCGAGCAUCGCACCAUCCCCAAGUCAAUUCCUCAUCCCACCUGGUGGCAGGACGGCGACCCCAAGUACAGCCGGUCUCUGGUGAAUCGCAACAAGAUCGACAUCCACGAUGCCAAGGGUAUUGCUGCGAUGCGCAAGGUGUGCAAGCUGGCACGCGAGGUCCUCGAUCUCGCCGCAGCCGCGGCCAAGCCUGGCGUCACGACCGACUUCAUCGACGAGCUCGUCCACAAGGCUUGUAUAGAGCGCGAGUCGUACCCCUCACCGUUGAACUACAACCACUUCCCCAAGUCUUGCUGCACAUCCGUCAACGAGGUCAUCUGCCACGGCAUUCCGGAUCAGCGUGUCCUGCUCGACGGCGAUAUUCUUAACAUCGACAUCAGUUUAUACCACGGCGGCUAUCACGCCGAUCUGAACGAGACGUAUUACAUUGGUGACAGGGCCAAGGCUGACCCUGAUAACGUAAGAGUCGUGGAGGCGGCACGUGAGUCUCUUGACGAGGCUAUCAAGGCCGUCAAGCCAGGUGUCCUGAUACGAGAGUUCGGAAACAUUAUCGAAAAGGUGGCAAAGCAGAAGGACUGCAGUGUCAUCAGGACGUACUGUGGCCACGGCGUUGGAAAGCUCUUCCAUUGCCCGCCAAACGUACCGCAUUAUGCCAAGAACAAGGCCGUUGGCGAGUGCAAACCCGGCAUGACCUUUACCAUUGAGCCCAUGAUUGCCCUGGGCAAGUACAGGGAUAUUACAUGGCCUGAUAACUGGACUAGCACAACCAUUGACGGAAAGCGGACGGCCCAGUUUGUUGCAGAGCACACUCUUCUUGUGACAGAAGACGGCUGCGAGAUUCUUACAGCACGAACAGCCGACUCGCCUGGAGGACCGAUUCCCAUGCCGGAGAAGAAGGUGGACGGAGUGGCAGCUUGA